AUGGCAAAUAUUACCAUGAAUUUAGUGCCAUUAUUUGUGUUUUUUAUUGGAUACGUUUUCUACGCUUUUGUUGAAUGUCAAAUAGCAGGCUAUACAGCAGGCGUGGACUAUCCAAUUUAUAAUGAAAUUCCUAAAGGAUUAUCAUUCACAUGUUCGGAUAAAGGACCUGGAUAUUACAGCGAUCCUGAAGCUCAGUGUCAAGUAUGGCAUUGGUGUUUACCUAAUGGUCGGAAAUACAGUUUCCUUUGUCCAAAUGGUACAGUUUUCAAUCAAAUCCACAGAGUUUGUGAUUGGUGGUUUAACGUUGAUUGUCCUUCCGUAACAAGUUUAUAUUCAGUCAAUUUAGAUCUUUAUAAAGAUGCUGCUGGCAAUGCAAUUUAG